GUUUCUGUUGGUGCUGAUUUUGGUUCGAUUAUAUGGCUUCCAGUGCAGUUUAUUUCUCUAAAGAGCCAACACAUGCCUAAUUGGGCGACUUCGUAGUAUUAUAGUAUUUAUUUUAAGCACUGAUCAGCAGGUAACCACACCUGACCCAUGCAGAGAAGGUCACAAGACAUACUCUCUGAAGUCACGGCGUUGAUUUCAUUUGACUGCCACAUGUUCGCACAUCAAAACUGUGGCUAAUCCGGGGGAAAGUCUGCUGUGUUCUCAGAGCUACCCUCACUAAAGAGACAGCUGCACACACAGUCUCAUUCUGUGGAAAACAGUAAACUCGCUCGCUCCUUUCUGGCUCUACAGCGCUGAAACUGCAGAACUUAAGCGGCUGAUAAACCAAAGGGUGAACGGCUCCAUCCAUUAUACACUCUUUGGUCAUGUGUGUCAUUCACACAGGUGUUGAGUUAGUUUCCCCUUUCCAAUUAAAGUGUUAUUAACAUCUGGUCAUUAAAAACAGCUGCUUCUGAGGUCUGCUGCACAGUAUGAGUAAAAGUGUGUUACUCAUGUGGGAGAGAAACGAGUUGACAGCUCACUCGUGAGGAUGCGGCGGUAAAUCAACAGUUGGUAGUCAGCUCAAAACUUUUGAGCAUCCCUCUGUUCAUGGUUCACACACACAGUGGAAGUCCCCUUUCCCACCCGAACCUCAGCCCCCCUGCUGUACUCUGUGUUAAUGGAGCGGACCUGCCUGUGCUGCAUGGCGAACACAUCAGCUCACUUGAAUUUCCCAUGGCUGAUCAUCAUCUACGGUCACGGAAGCCUUCCACCCCCAUCAUCUCGCCCACUCCUCAUUCCAGCCUAACAAAGAGGAAAAACAAAUCAAACAAUUCACAGUUUCCCAUUAUUCUCCAUGUCUGUCAGCAUAUGGUUCCAAUCAGCACUCAGAGUGUGUGUUUGUGUGUGCAUGUGUGUGUGACACCAUGUGAAUGUUUUUAUUUUCCAUACAUUUUCUCCUCAGAUACAAAGCUCUUUGUGCGCACUCUUUCUCCAUCUUUUUGGCUCCCCCUUCCUCUCACGCCCUCUCAUCUUCCAUCUCUCUCUCUCUUUUUCGUACCCAUGUGUUUGACUCUCAGGUUUAAACUCUCUCUCUUUCCCUCUCUCUCUCUCUCUCUCUCUAUUUUAGUCUUGCUUUUCUUGGCUGUGAGUCAGACCUCAGGCAGACCUAGAGGUCUUUUUCCCAAGCGAUCUCCAGGGUGGACCCCAGGGAACAGAGCAAAAACACACACGCACACACACACACUGACGCUGUCUUCACAUGCUCUGUCCAUUUCCUCCUCUCUUUCUGCUCCUAUCCCAUAUCGUCCUCUGUCUGCACCUCCGUGUUGACUCACACAAUAUUGUUGCAUUACUUGAUAACUGUGUUGCAGUCAGAGUUUAUUGGAAAACAGAGAACACGCUGUUCAAAAUCAAGCUUGUUAAACACGAAGCGCCUCGAGGAAGCUGUCUUGGGCAGCUCUUGUGCACAAUCUUUACUAAUGAUCUUCCCUCUGUAUUAAAAAAGUCUCUGUGUAUGCUGAUGACUCAACCGUAUAUUCAGUCGACUCUAGAAUCAUGGAUUUAAAGCUCCUGUAGGGAGUUUUUCCAUGUUUAUAAAUCAUUAUGACAUUUGUAGUGAUGCCUUAUCAUAAUAUCUUAAAGCAAACAAGACCAUCCCGGUCAAGACUAAGGGUUUUUAUACGAUCGUUUUUAAUGCCUGAAGCUAGUGCAAGGGGGUAGGUGUCAACCUUAAAGGGAUAUUCCGGCGUAAAUUUAAGUUAUGGUCCAACACACUGUAACACGAGUUAGACACCCCCUCCAGAGAUGAAUGUUGCCAACUGUUUGCUUCUCUAGUUACACUAAUUUCAGUAACGACCGCACGAUAGCAAAACACAGCAGUCUACGUCUCCACGUGCAAACCUCAACCAAAACGCCACUCUAUAGCCACAAAUAAUGCUCAGAACAGCACCUAACUUCAUCAACAGUACAUAUAGGGUCCCAGCCAUAGCAUUAGCCAUCAAACAUCUUUUUAACUUUGACUAAUUUCUUUAGCAAAGAGACUAAACACAACUUACCUACUCUCCUCCAGCAGCCACUUGUUUGAGGGGGAGCCCUGACGAGUCAAAUAAUCAUCAGAAUCGUCAUGAAGUAAUGAUCAUAAAUGUUCUUCCUUGAGCUGCGAAACUCCGCUGCACUCGGUGAUCGACUCAUCUGGUAGUCUGAUACCAAUAUCUAGGCUUUAGUGUUGGUCAAUACAGAUACAGAUCCAAUACCAGUGUUUUAUUAAUAGCCAGAAUUCUGCACUAUGAGGAUGACACCGAAUGUAAUGCAGACAUAAAAUCUGACUUUUUUUUAAAUAAACAUGUCUAAUUUUGUUUACCUCUAUGGUUAUCCCAGGAAGCAUCAGCUCAGCACAUAUUACAAGUGUUGGUAGAGUAGUUAAAGCAUACAAUUGAUACCUCCAAACUGAUCAAAUUUAGUAGUUAGCUCUCUCGAUGCUAGGUUGGCCCUCAGUUUUAAAAAUGCGCUUGUUUAACCUCCACACCGUUGAUGUAAAUACACUGAGUGGGCAGAAGUCUGGAGAAAGAAAUGGACCAUAAUCACAGUCCAGUUACCGGUUUCUCUGUCAUGUGGGUUGAGAUCAAAAGUAUCAUGUUGACAACAGAUUGUUUUUUCUCAUUGAUGGUUUCCUUCCUGUCAUUCAGUUGUUUACCUAUAAAUACAUCAGGUCAAAUAAACCCUCAGAUACACCCUGUUACUGAGAUGAGACACGGUGUUGUUUGACUCUAAAACCAAAUCAUCCCGACACCCCAAUUUAUGAUUAUUCUCAUUUACAAAUCAGACCAAAUAACAUGAGACGGUUUACUGCUUUUUAAAAAAACUUAAAUAACCUCACCUGUAAGAAAACUUUGGUCAUUUAAAUUUACUCUUAAUAUUAUUAUUGUGUUUUUGGCAUUUAAAAAUUUUCAACAAUGGCCUCUUAUUUAUGACAGAUGCAGUCAGAACCUGUGUAUUUUCUGUUUUCCUUGAGUUUUGUUUUCUUAAUAUGUAUCACUAAAUGUUUUUAAAUGUCAUAUUUAUUGGUCAACAUUUGUAUUUUUAUUGUUAAUGUGAAUUUUUAUGUAUAAUACAAUAAUGCCAACAAGUGCACACAUUUAUACUAAACCUGUUUUGGUUGUUUUAAGGACUUUGAAAACCUCUGUUUUUAAAAAAUACUAUACAAAUAGAGUUAUUAUUAUUACUACUACUACUACUAUUAUUAAUAUUAUUAAGGAUUUUGAGUUGAUUCUAGUUUCUGGAUUAGAAAUAAAAAACAAAGAUUUUAAUGAUCAUACCACAUGAUUUUUCACCACAGUUAUUGAAAAGUCUAGUUUACUUUGAGAAGAAGAUUUUUAAGUAUCAUCAAAUUGGCUUUAAGUUUCCAUCAUGCUGUGCAACUCAUUCAAGAUUUAUAACUCGGACUGAAGUUAUCAAACUAACAUGGGAAAGUUGUCGUAUUUGCAUCCCCUAAAAAGUGAAGAAAUUCUCUAUAGAUUUAGUUCAGUGAAUCUUUGAUGCUGAAACAGCAGGUUAAACAUUAUUGAAGGGCUCAGGACAUUUUCUAAAUAUUAUUUCUUUAUAUAUUUUCUUUUGAUGGGGGGAGGGUGGAGGGAUGGGUGUUACAGUGGCUUCAUAACUUCAAACUCAAAGUCUGUUAUUGUUGGUAGAUGACACAGACGUGAUGUCGCUGAGGGAGGGGAACAGCGGGACAACAGUGCCCUCUAGUGGCGUGGUGGGGUUCAUUCAGAUGUUGCACACUGUGGCCUCUGACAGCAAAAAUGGUUUCUCAUCCACCUCACACUUUCCUCCUUUCUUUCAUUCUCCUUUUCCUUUUUUUUCUCUUUCCUUUUCAUCUUCUCCACUCCCUUUUUCUCUUUUACUUAUCUCCUCCUUCCCUCUUUUUUCUGCUUUUGCUUGCCUGUCUUUCUUCCCUCUCCUCUUUUCCUUUCUUCCCUCUCUCUUCACCAUCCCCUCCUUGUUCUUCUCUUUCCUCACAUGCCUGUUGUCUUGGGUUUCCUAUUUCAUGCCGUCUUUUUCGUCUCUCCUCCUCCUCCUCCUCCUCUUUCAGGUCCUUCCUCAUCCUCUUCCUUUUCUUCCGUUUUCACUUUGGUCUUCUCUUUUUCUAUCAUUCAGUUUAGCUCCUCCAGAAUUUGAUUCAGUUUCCUUUUCCAAAGACUAACCCUUAAAAAACAUAAAUCUGACAAAUGACACAAAUCUCAACAAUCCUCACAUGAGGCUCAUCAUUUCUCUGAAUCAGGAGUUUGAUCGGCUCCUGUAUCUGUUGGCCUCAUCAAUCCCAAGCAGAAGGUCUCCACGUUCUGUCUGUGAAGCUCCUUCACCUCCUUCAAACGCUCCUCUUUUGCUGCUCAUUUUGAUCCUUCAGAGUUUUUUGUUUUGUUUUUGAUUUGUCACUGUGUCUCAUUCUGGAGGAACAUCAUCUCCAUCACCUCCAUCCUGGGCACCUUCACCAGAGCAGUAACUCCUCUGCUGACACGUUCAUCCUUCUCCUGGGUGUUUUGGCUCAGCUGCACCUCCUCCUGCCAAAUGAUCCGCCUGCUCUGAAGUCUGUGAUGGUUUUGUGAGAAAUGCUUCAUUUCAUUACAUGGUGCUUCACUGUUUACUCGGCGUGACUGAGACCAGCACAGCGGGGAACAUGGUGAAGUGGGUCGAACUGAAACUUGUUGACUUAUUGUGUAUUUCACAAACUGGUUUAUUUACCGUUGACGCGGACCACUCUCCUCCGUGCGUCCCUGAGCUGCCUGCUUCAGAUCCGUCACUCUGCUGUGCUGUGAGGUAGUUAGUGGACAAAGUUUGUCAUGAGGUCGCUGCGCCAUCUACUGGAUAAGUCGGGGAACUUUUCAUAUGGAGGAACAUUUUCAAAGGGAAACUGAAUCUUAAUCUCUGCAUUUUAUUCAUUUUAUUACCGAUUAGUCUCAAACGGGCUAAAACUGGCCGAUUUAAAGCCCUAGUGUAGAGGUCUGUUUUGAUUGGUUACCCAUGACCUCCACAUAACCUAGAGUCCAUUACUCCAGAAUAAGUUUAUUAUCAUUAAAAAAAACUUCAUAUCUGUUUCCCUGGCAACCAUUAUUAAGGUUUAGGCAAAACAAAAACCAUUACACCACAACCUUUAAUAUGUUAUUUGUUUAGAUAACUCCAUGAUGUGAGCAAAGUCGACCUGUCUAUUUUAAUGGAUAUUUGAUGCUAUUUUCUAUCAUUUCUCUAAUCCUCAAGAUAGUUAACAGAAAAUCUGCAGUUUUUGUGUGAACUUUUAAAGUCUGGUGGCUGAGCAGUUAUCAUAUGCAACAGCAAGAUUACUGCAAUAAAAAGUCAGAAUUUAAGAAAAUCAAAACUGUUUUCUAAAAGCCCUGAAUCUGACGGCGGCUGAUCUAUAUUUAGCUUCUCUACACUGAAUACAUGAAUGAACUCUCAGUAUCAGAGGAAAAUAUAAGUGCACACUGGUGCUUCAUCAUUACUUCAAUCAGUCUUGUCACACUUCAAAUAAAGAGAAGAGUCAUUUCUUCUUGUUGGGGAUUGGUUCAAUAAUAUCGGGCAGCUUCAGCACAAUCCUGUUGAAAAACUGAUCCUGGGUCUGAUCACACAGUCGACUGAAAUCAUGAAAAUAGAGUGAGAAAUAUCACAGUUUUAUUCUCUACUUUACAAAACUGCUCAGUCAGUCCGUACCACAGUUUACCUCUGAGCAGGACUCUCCUGAUUGGCUGUCAUUCGGACCAAAGGCGAGCAUCACUGCGUUUAGGUUUCCUCGUCAUCACUACCUGCCAGACUGCUGUCUGUAGAGUCAGCGUCCUGAUCUUGUAAUGUCUGUGGUUCUGUCUCUGGUUGUUUUUGUUGUUCAGGCGCUGUGGUGCUGGACGGCUCUGUGGGUUCUACAGUGGUGGUGGUGGUGGUGGUGCUGCCCUCUGUUGGCUUGGUGGUGUCAUUCUGCUGGCCUUGUUUGCCUUCCUCCAGGAAAGAAGACCAACCUUUCAGUCGCUCCUCCCGCUCUCGUGAAGUCUCCUCCACCUGAAAGAAAACGAUGGCUCAGCUAUGAUUUUAUCCAAAACUGAAGCCUCUCUGUACGAUCAAGUUUUGAGCUUAUGCAAUCUGAUCUCAGGUCAAAGUUUUCUCUGAUCCAGGACCAGACUGGACAUAAAGAAUCAUGGACCUAAAUCAGUACAGGUCCUCUGCUGGGUCAAGUCCUAUGACUGCACUCAUAUUAAUGAGAGCAGUCUCUUUUUUACCUCCUCCUCUCCCUCCCUCCUGUGUGAACUUUCCCCAUCUGUAAAUGCAAUUUCGUUGUGCACAGUUGCAAUGACAAUAAAGACCAUACCAUAAAUGUGGUUAAAUGUGGUUUUACCUGAUAGUCCGUCUGUCCGUCCCACAGCUGAGCUGACAGCUGACGCCCUCCAAACCAGCGACCGUUGAAUGACAGGAUGCACGCGUCUGCUUGCUCUGGUUCCUUAAAUGCAAUUGACGCCACACCGUCUGGGUGUCUCUGCAACACGAAGACAAGCAGGUACCAGCUCUGUGUUGACGCCCCCUGACAAACAAUACACUGCAGCUCUGAUCAGGAUACUCACGUCAAACAGGAUCACCUUCUUAACCUCUCCAAACUUCUCACAUUCAGUUCGCAGGUCCUCUCUAUACUCAUUCAACACCAGCGGAUCUUCCUAAAAUAAACAUAAACCAACAAAUACAAAAAGAACUGACAUGAAUACAGUCUCAGGACUGUUUACAGACGAGUUUCUAAGUCUUGACUUUUGUCUCUCUGCACCUCAAAGUCACUGGGAUGGAACAUGUUUCUGAUGAUGACCACUUUUUCAUGCCUUUUCCUCUGAUCUCCUUGUUUCUCCGGCCUCCAGUCCAACUGUCUAAACAAACAAAAACAGACAGAAUUCGAAUGAGUUCAGAACGAAAUUCACAAUUACUCCUCAUUAACGUCAGCGUCAGCAGCAGAAUGAGACGUCAGAAAGGGAAGUUUACUUUUGUUGCUGCUGCAGCUUCUUCCUGUAAUCUUUGUUUUUCUUCUUCUUCUUGCUGGCGUCGUACUGGCCUUUCAGCUCGAACCGUGCCGCUUCCACAUGCAGUCUGUAACCCCGGACUUCUGACUCAUCGAGCAGACGCGCAGCCAACGCCACUGACUCCUUCUGCAAGAGACCAGAACACACACACGCUGGAGUUUCAUACAACAACAAACUCAAACUUUCACCUGUGAUUCUUUCGUUUUAGUCUUAAAACAGAUUUGAAAAGAAACUCCAUAAACAGAGUAACAUUGGGUGUUGAUAAGCUUGGUUACUAUCAGUUACCAGAAGUAAAUUAGGACAGUUUAUGGCAGAUGACAGCCUCUGGAAAUACAGAUAUGUUGAAGAUGAGGAGUUGUCAGUGUGUCUGAAUAUGUUCGUAUGAUAGCAAAUUUUCUUUCCCUUGUUUUUAUUUUAGUGUCUUUUCUCUGCGUUUAAGAGCUGGGCACAUGACGCUUUUUCACGACUUAAAAUCCACGGGGAAAAAAUUCGUCUCAUCUCUCACCCUCAGCUUUGACUCACUGUAAACUUUAAACACUAUCAUGGAAAGAGCUCUGCUUUACAAUGUCUGUUUGAUAAGUUCACCAUGCUUUCACCCAGGGGAUGUGAUUGGCCUCUGGACAAAAAAAAAGCAGCAAUCUGUCAAAUAAAUUGUGGAUCUGAGUGACAUUAAACUGGUCACAGCUAAUUACAUCGUCACACAGAAACAAGGAACUAACCAGAACUAAAUCAACACUGAACUGUAAAUCCACUGUGAAGUCGAUGCACAAAACCAGUCAUAAACAUAAACAGCUAUCACUGCUGAGCUCAGUUAGUUUCAAAACAGGCAAAGUUCAUCACAAACUUCAGCAAACUUAGACUCUCUCUUUUGUACUAGUUUGUUACCCUCUAAUAAGAUAAAACAAGGGUAACCGAUCAGAUCUUCAAGUCAGAGAAUCUAGAGGAGUCACAUCCCUGUUUCACAAUAAGAUCAACAUUUUAAGAAUAACUUAAGGCAAAACUCUCGAUUUACCGGUCGAUCUACGUGCCGACCCUCAUCUAUGGUCAUGACCUUUGGGUAAUGACCGAAAGAGUAAGAUCACAGAUACAAGCGGCCGAAAUGGGUUUCCUUUGCAGGGUGGCCGGGCUCAGCCUUAGAAGACUUUCUGAUGUCUUUCAGGCCCUCAAGUAUCUCGAUGAACGCACAAACCUUGAGGUAGCAGCAGAGGCCGUCUCCCUUUAGGUUCCCUUCUUUGUCCUUAUAAAGUUUCACUUUGUACUCUUCAGUGAUUGGGUCCCGCAUCACGAUGCCGCACUUAGACAUCACCUCAACAAAUUCAUCGGAGCUAAUAUCAGGUGGCAGGCCUGAGAGAGGAAACAAGAAAUGAGAGAGAGUGAAAACAAGAAAUGGGACAGCUGUCUUCUUCACAUCAGGAACAAAUAUGUAUUUUUGCUACCAACCUGAGACGUAGACGUUUGUGUUUUUAUGGUCAUCGAUAUCGAACCAUCCUUCAUAGACAGAAAAAAGAAAAGAAAUAUUUACCUAGAAGUGCCUUUUACAAGAUAUACAUCUGGCUCUGAGUUGUGAACAAACAACCAUGAAUGUAAGCUGAAGUAUUGAAAGUAACUGCACAGGUUUUCCUCAUAUCUUUGGUUUGUGACGCUGCUCUACCUGGCUCUGCUUUCCUCUUCUCCCCUUUCUGUUUGGGUUCUUUAGCUGAAGCCUCAGUCUGGUCUGGAUUCAGGUUCUUGGUGGUGUCAUUUGGUUUCUCCUUUUCUGAAGGCUUGCUGACUUGCUCGGGUGCUGCAGGGUCAGUGCUACUCACAGCAGCGUUGUUUGGAUCUGGAUUCCCUUCUGAAGUAAAGCCAUAGUUUGCCUGGUACGCUGCGAUGAAGUCCUCUGUUAUCUAGAGAAACGAAGCAAACCUAUUGAAGAGGCUCUGGUCGAAGUUACUCUUCUUGUGUCAGCUUUCACUUUCCAAUUAUUAUAUCCACAUGCAAGAAAACCUGUCAGUGACUUCAGGCAAAAUACGGUGAAGGAGAAGAAUAUCUGAAUCGGGAAUUGGAAGAUUUCUCGAUCCUUAUGUGAUGUAAAAAAAAAACUCUCCUACCUUAGGGAACCAGGCCUUCUUUUCGUGGUCCCAGUCAUACACAGUCCCAUCCUCCGGGUCGGUGUAGGUGUAGGGAUCAGAGCCGUCUGCAGGUCUUUGACCGUAAAGUUCCUGCAAACGCAGCUGCUCCAUAAACUCUUUGUUGGCAUCGGGACCACCACUCAUCUGCAACAACAACAACAAAGUGACAUGUGGAUUUGUCCAAGUCAGUUGCUUUUUCAGCCUGUCAAAGACAGAUGUGUUGGACCUCAAUCUAACUAGUGUUCUACACCAAUAUCUGGAGAGUGCUAUGAGGCCGCUGCAUUUAUGAAAAAAAAACACCUAACCCUAAAAAAAAGUCUAACUAAAGGUUUCUCAACUGUUGUUUAUAGUGUAAGAUGUCCUUUAUAACAAACUAAAAGUUUACCAAAGUUUGACCGCUAGAAAGGUGUCAUUUUUAAGAUGGCGUCCAUGAUGGGUAGGAAGACACUCCAGGUGAAUAGGGUAACAUUUUUAACAAACAGAUAUCACCAUGAAACUUCACAAGCUUAUAACUUACAUGAAGGCAAAUAUUUUUUGUAUUACAAGUUUUGUCAAAUGUUUUGUUUGAAUAUUUAAAUUAGGUAAUAUCUAAUUAAAUAUGCACUAAUUUACAUACAUUUCCAAAACUGAAAACUGAACAAUAGAUGAAGCCCCUUUUAAGAUUCUUGUUUUAUUUUGUAGACAUAUUGAAGUAAAAAGAGGGGGGAGGAGGGGACUUUGGAUAUCUUUUUUUAUCACUCUGUAAAUGCGAAAAUACUCAACUUUUAGUUUGUUAUCAAGAACAUAUCAUACUAUGAAAAAAAAACAGCUGAGAAACAUUUUGUUGGAUUUUUUUUAGGGUAAAGUCAUAUUUGUACCUGACUCUAUAGAAUGGACCUGAACGACAUGAUCAGCUCCAUAUUAUUGCACUGACUGCUGCUGGUGUAUAGUGUGUAACCAUAACUAAAUGGUAUUAAUGACACUGUCACCGCCCCUCUAACAGAUGAAAAUCAAACCCUCCAGAUGUUUUAGUUUAUCACAACAUGACCACAAAGACCUGGCAGCUUCAUUCAGAGUCAACAUGAUAAACCUGUCAUUUACAUAAACACACAGUAUUUAACAUGACUGUAAACUAUCGGUUAAUAUCCCAAUACUCUAUUGAUACAUAUUCUCUAAAAGCUGAAAGUCUGUGUUGAUUUGAAGUGUCUGUUAAAACGUGUUUAUGUUAGCAUACAAAGCUAACCAGAGUUAGCCUUACCUUGUACGACAGUGCAAGUAAACGAGAAAGGUCACUGAAAAAAUCCCUCCCGUCAAUGAAACGGCAACGCAACUGGCUUUAGUUUAGCGUUUUUACCGAUCUGUUUUUUGUUUCUAUAGUGUUUUGAUUAUAAAUUCGGUUUGCCGCUGCACGCUCGCGCUAAUCCUUGGCAGUGCGCGACCGCAAUCAAACGAAGUACUUCCGGUGUCAGGUCUUGCGCGCGACUGCAGAGAGGCGCUUGGUUUUAAUUAGAGCGUCUCCCGUUUAUCCGCCGGUAUGGUUUUGAUAGUAUAGCACUUUAUGGUUGGACUAUAGAUAUAUACAUAAACGCUAGAUGGCUCACGCACGCUGUUAGCCAAUGGAGACCGACGUCUGCGCAUGGCGGCCAUUUUGCUACGGUCUAAUAGUCUGUCAUACAAGAAAUUAAAAUCUCGAUUGUGGUCUCAGCCCUGACCACAUGUGCAAAAGUUAUGAAAUAACUAUACUGUAAUUCUUCUUUCUCCAAGAAAAUCUGCCAUUUCUAUACGUCCAAACAUCCUGACUCAUAGCCACGUUAUUAAGGUCUGUAGUAAAAAAAAAAAAAAAAAACAUUUGUAAAUCUGUCAAGAUUUCAACGAGUUGAGAGUAUUUUCGAUCAUGCAGAUUACUCAACUUCCGUCAGCUACCAUAGAGCAUACCAGAAUGGUAUACUGUCCAAAAACAUUGAUUUCCCUUUGUCAGCAGAAACUAUUUUGUUUGGUGUUUUUAAUGAGGAUAGGAACUUGGAUUUUGUUCUGAAUGCUUUGUUGCUUUUGGGGAAGUUCUUCAUUCGAUAUGCGUGUCGAUAUUUAAUGGCAACACCAUGCCUACCUCACUGGAAGAACGAGCUGCAACUCUUUUGUAAAUCCUUAAAACUUGCUACAGACAAGAAAGCCCUACGCCUAUUUUCUUUACUAGAAAUGUUCGAAUUGAUAUAGAAUGGCCUCCAACAUCGAAAUUGUGUUGUUGUUUUUUUCUCUUUUGAUGUUAUUCAUGCUCAAUCUAAGGCAAAUAUUCUAUAAUUUUCUUUUAUGAUAAACAAGGGCCUUGAUUGUUUGUUUAUAAUUAAAAAAAAUAAAAAACAAUUGUAUACUGGAGUAAGAUGGCCGCCGGUGACGCCACCUCGAGUCAUCUAGCCUUUCAUAUAGAUAUCUAUGGGUUAGACUGUAUCCACCCGAAGUUGGGGUUAACAAAUCGAACCAACCCCGCGUUUUAGGGAAACAAGCGACUGAUGCUCAGCUAGCUAGCCUCAAAGUAUCUUCCAGGUAAGUGACUUCUUCAUCAUUGAGCUCGGGUGGGCAUGGCGGAGGGGAGCGGGAACGUGAACAUGGGUCCGGCCAACCUUCCUCCGGGAGACCCGCAGCUUAUCGGAAUGAUUGUGGAGCAUCUGAAGAACCGAGGGCUGUUCGACGAGUUCCGUCGGGACUGUUUGGCCGAUGUUGACACAAAGGUAAUGAGUCUUUUAUCGGUCACAUAUCCUACAUUUACUUCAGUAAGUUUCUCAGCUGCUUAUAUCAAGCUGCAGUGAACAAAGUGCCUGGUGCAUUUGGACCCAGCUGAUCUCGUUUCUCACUGUUGGUACCAGCCUGCCUACCAGAACCUGCGGCAGAAAGUUGACAACUUUGUCACAUCCCAGCUGAGCACACAGGACUGGAACCCGUCCAUCAACAAGAACCAGAUGAGGAAUGGACUGAGACAAAGCGUGGUCCAGUGAGUGUUGACUAACCCUACCUGCUGUUGCUGAUGACACUACGUUGCAUGCCUCAGGUGGAACUGUUGUUUCUGUGAACAAAAUAUUGCAAGAGUAGGUCAUAUUAGUAUCUAAUUGUGUCAGUGAAAAUAGACUUAAACUGAAUGUUACCAAAACAAAGAGUAUAAUGAUUGGCUCAAGAUAUAUGUUAAGAUCUGAGCCUAAACUCCAUCUAAAUAUACAGGGAAAUAGUAUCAAACAGGUCAGUGAGGCCAAAUUAUUGGGUGUGUUAAUUGAUGAAACACUUUCUUGGUCAACGCAUAUUGAUAGAGUUGUAUCUAAAAAGAGUAAAACCAUUUCAAUGAUAAGGAGGGCUGCUCAUCUUUUGUCAGGCUCAGCAUUUAAAUUGAUAUUGCAAUCUUUUGUGCUAUCCUGUCUUGACUAUCGCUCAAUUAUAUGGUCUAGCGCCUCAAAACAAGACAAACACAAACUACAAAUCACACAGAAUACAGCAGCAUGACUAGCUCUCCGCUGCUCAGGGAGGAGUAGUGUAGAGGGGAUGCAUGGAACACUGUCUUGGAUGACAGUCGAACAAAGAGUUGCUUGUUUAACAUUUAUAAUGUGGGAAAACCUUUUAAUUUGGUGUUGCAGCUUCAGGCUACUAACGAUAGACAUGGCUAUGUAACAUUUUUCACCUUUAUUACUCAGUUAUUCACCUUUGGUGUUGAUGAAUGAAAUAUUUUUUAGGUCUGGUAUGCUUGAAUCCGGUGUGGACAGGAUCAUCACUCAAGUUGUGGACCCCAAGAUGAACCACACUUUCAGGCCACACAUAGAGACUGCUAUUCACGACUUCCUAUCAGGGGAAAAGAGGGAGGAAAAUACAGCGAGCUCCAACUCGGCACCGUCUGAACAGACAGAAACACAGGAGGCCCUGCCUUCUUCUGGCCCCAAAACCCCCUGAGGUCUGUCAUAUAUAGUUAUUCUUUCAGACAGUUUUGAACAGAGCAAUAUGCGUCUGAGAGAAAGAUGUCGAAAUAUGAACUAAUAAUACUGUUUUUAUCCUGCUGCAGGUACACACGCUGAUGAUUGCUGAACCACAUUUCUCUCUAAGGAUGCAGCACCACAGACUGAAAACAUUGAAGGAGGAAUGAUAGUUUUUCUGCUCUCCUCCUUAACAGACUGUAUCCAGGAGAAAUGUCCUGCUUGUGUAGUUUCAUGGCCGUCUGUGCUGAAUGAGGCUGCUGUAGACGCUGGACGAUGAUGCAUACUGUUGCCGCACCACAGAGCUUUGUGAAAAUGAGAACAAACCCAGGAUUAUGUUUCGAUAUUUUGCUUUCUUAAGAACUUUUUAUUUGAGAUAUCUCACCAAUAGUGUUUUGCAAUGCUUUGUAUUGUGUAACACUGAUGUAUCACAGAGGAUGUUUGAGUCUAGAUACUUUCUUUGCCAUCUAACAUAAUGCCCUACUCAGAAACACUGAUUCAGAAUAAUUGAGGAUUUCCAGUCAGGUGGGUUUCAUGAAGAAGAUCCUACAGACUCCUUCUGAGUUUGCAGGUUUCUUAUCAAUUUAGGGUUAGGUUUUGAUUUUGAGCAAACAUAGCUGACAUCCUUUUGUUUUCUGCCUCCUUUUUUAAUCGUACCGUUUGUACUCUCUGUGCCUUUAUUCAAAAUGCUCUGAGAUUUAUGAAGUACUAGCAUAGGGUGGUGGUCACAUAAUCAGUUAGUUGCCUCAGUGUGAAGGUAGGAACUUUCUUAGCUCCUCCUGCACUGAAAACUGUCAGAAUACCUCAAUGAUAACUUAGCACCACCAGGUGGGGUAUUUGUUCUCAGUUAGCUAAAAGUCCACCUCAGAGUGUACCCAGGUUUAACAACCAUAUACUAAGAUACAAACAAUACUGUGACCAGAAAAAAGGUAAAAACCAAGUCGUUUAUCACCAAAACUCAUCCACUAAGAUUUGUUCAGCAUUUCCUCACAGGGUUGAAAUCAAGUCUCAUUCCUAUCAGAGCCUUCACCGCUCCAGGCUGGGAUCUCUUUCAGUUGUGAUUUGUGCGCGUGUGUGUGUACGUGUGUUCACAGCUUGCGUAAUUUUAUUGAUUUAAGUUCUUGUUUUUGGCAGGAGAAUGAUCCUCACGUUAACACAAAUGUGUGUCGGUGCAUCUGUGGAUCAGUUUCUGGGUGAGUGUGUGUAGUGUGAAGUCAUAGGUUUGCACAAGUUGUUUUGAUGAUUGAGAGUAUGUUUGGAAAUGUUCUCAAUAAAGCUUUUUUCCCCUUUUAUCCAUGUAAA